AUGUCGGACACGGAUGCAAAACUUAACGAGUACCAAUGGCAGCCUGCACAGGGUGCGCUGCUUACGACGACGGCAUUACCCCAAAAUGCCUUUCUUUCCGAAGCCUCCCUGAGCAAUGCUUCUGGUGCUCCUCGACCAGCACGUGGAGCACAGGGCCAGCAGGCCGUGCAACAGAUGCGCCCACCGUUGAGGUCGCAUAAGAGCUUCCCAUACUCUUUGGGACCCUCAAGUCGCUCUCAGGAUGGCAGCCAUCAAGAUCCGAAGAACACCAACGCCAUGGCAGACUUCAAGGAACGCGUAGUAUCUUUUGGUCCACAGCCAACGGGCAACUCAGCGCUGCCGCAACCUUCUUAUGGCGGAUCAGCACCGACGAGUCCUGUCGGACGUCUGACACCGAACUCCCCGAACGAGGAACAGGAUGAUGCGCAGAUGGAAGAUGAGGACAUGGAAUCUGACGCUGCGGAGGAGGGGGAGGGGGAGGAGAGGCAACCAAGGACAGCUGCGGAGAUACGUGCUCAGAAGCGGAAGAUGAAACGCUUCCGGCUCACGCACAACCAGACGCGCUUCUUGAUGAGUGAGUUUGCAAGGCAAGCUCACCCUGACGCUGCUCAUCGCGAACGACUUUCACGAGAGAUCCCAGGCCUGAGUCCUCGUCAGGUCCAGGUCUGGUUCCAGAACAGGAGAGCCAAGCUCAAGCGACUCACGACUGACGACCGAGAGAGUAUCAUGAGAUCCAGAGCGCUGCCGGCAGGCUUUGAUAUGACUCAAGCACUCCACGCUCCUUUCGGAGCACCAACGCCUACGGGGAGUACACCAACGGCAUCGCCGCAGACCUUUGCACCGUAUGCGCCAGUCGGCAGUGGGUCUACACCUGGACCCCUGACCCUGGAUACGAUGCGACGUCCUUCCCAGUAUCAACCGUACAUGCCCCAGUACAGCAGCCCAACUGGCGUCACUCCGGCACUGGGAGGCUUUGCUUUUACGCCUCCGCAAUCGGCAACAGAGACACUCUCGCCUGCAUCGGCGCAAGGCAUUUCCUCUGCCUUCAGCUUCCAGCCGUCGGACACAAUGAGACGGUAUCCGUACGGUUUGCAGACGGGCGGUCAAGGCGGCUAUUCAGGCCAUGGACCGCAGGUUCCUCGUUUGCAUACGCAUGAUCGGCUGACAAGACCAACUGGAGAGGCUGCAGGCUCGCCCUUGCGGUCCAGCAUCUCUUACUCUGGCUUGAACGCUGGUAGUGUUGCUCAGCAGCCUGGAGAGCGCUCCAGCUCGUUCUCUGAGCAUUCGUCGUAUACACACGAACGGACAAGACAGCCGAGGCCGUCGAUUCACACCGGCGUUGGAGGGUCUGGUCCAUACGGUUUAGGCUUCUCAUACUCCCAGAUCCCAAGCUACCAGUCCUCGGGACAACCUCAGCAGUCACCCGUGGAAGCGAGCCCCCAGCUCCCCGCGACUCUGGAUCAGUACCGUCGAAAUAGCUCCCACGUCGCUGGAUCGUCGAUAUCAUACCCACACUACGCAUCCACGACCUACGCGCCCGCCCAGAUCCCGCAGUACUCGUACUACAACACUGCAUACAACAAUCCGUCGGACUACCCCAGCUACCAGCAAAUGUCCGACCAACGGCUGCAACGAGACAGCGUCACCCAGUCCAGCCGGCAUCAGCAGCAGCAGCAGCAGCAGCAAUCAUACACCCCCAUGACGAGCCAAUCCCAGCACUUCGGGCCUCUCAUGAGCUCAGCGGAUCAACCACAAUCGAUGACGAGCCCGGGCGACAAUAGCGAUGGCGGCGUGCCCGUCAAUCCGCCUUUCUGA